AUGCAAGAAUUCUUGAGCGGCUGCUCUGUUGAUAACAAAAAAAAAAGGAAAAUACUUUUGUUUCACCUCAAUAUCACUACCUUUUCUUUUUCUCUCUCUCUCUCUACCUUUUCUUUUUUCUCUCUCUACCUUUUCUUUUUCUCUCUCUCUAUCUUUUCUUUUUCCCUCUCUUUCUACCUUUUCUCUCUCUCUACCUUUUCUUUUUUCUCUCUACCUUUUCUUUUUCUCUCUCUCUCUCUACCUUUUCUUUUUCUCUCUCUCUCUACCUUUUCUUUUUAUCUCUCUUUCUACCUUUUCUUUCUCUCUCUACAUUUUCUUUCUCUCUCUCUACCUUUUCUUUUUCUCUCUCUUUCUACCUUUUCUUCCUCUCUCUCUCUACCUUUUCUUUUUUUUCUCUCUCUCUCUACCUUUUCUUUCUCUCUCUCAACCUUUUCUUUUUCUCUCUCUUUCUACCUUUCUUUUCUUUUCUUUCUUUUUCUCUCUAUACGUUUUCUUUCUCUUUCUCUCGCUACCAUUUUUUUCUCUCUCUCUCUAUUCUCUCUCUCCCUACCUUUACUUUUCUCUCUCUCUCUCUCUACCUUUUCUUUUUCUCUCUACCUUUUCUCUUUUUUUUCUCUCUACUUUUUCUUUUUCUCUCUCUACCAUUUUUUUCUUUUUCUCUCUCUCUACCUUUUCUUUUUUCUCUCUGUCUCUACCUUUUCUUUCUCUCUCUCUACCUUUUCUUUUUUUCUCUCUGUCUCUAUCUUUUGUUUCUCUCUCUCUCUAUCUUUUCUUUUUCUCUCUCUCUACAUUUUCUUUUUCUCUGUCUCUCUCUCUACCUUUUCUUUCUCUCUGUCUACCUUUUUUUUCUCUCUCUCUCUUUCCCAUUUCUUUUUCUCUCUCCUUUGUUUGAAAACUUCAGAUAUUCAUUUCAAUUUGCUUUAA